AUGACCUCCAACAAAGGAGAGUCCACCACCCAAGGCAGGCUAUUCCUAACAGUGAGGGGAUGUGCAGCACAAAUGUGGUUUUUUGGCUUCUUCUUGGGUUUUGAAUAUUAUCUCUUGGCUUCAAUGGCGUAUGAUCGGUAUGUUGCCAUUUCUAACCCACUACUGUAUAGAGUCAUUAUGUCUAGGAAAGCCUGUAUACAACUCUUAGUUGGACCUUGCUUUGCUGGAAUAUUAAAUGCCACAACACAUACAGUUAUGACUUUCCAAUUAACUUUCUGCAAGUCCAAGAUCAAUCACUUUUUCUGUGAUAUCCCUGUUGUGAUAUCCCUCUCCUGCUCAGAGGCACAAAUCAACAAGAUAGUGUUAUUUAUCACGUCCUGCACAUUUGGCACCAUCGGCAGCACUUUUGUUAUUAUUUCUUACAUUUAUAUUCUUUCUGCCAUCCUGAGGAUCCGAUCUGCAGAGGGCCAGCGGAAGGCUUUUUCCACCUGUUCCACCCACCUCACAGCUGUUUCCAUCUUCUAUGGCACCCUCUUCCUUACAUACGUACGGCCCAGCAAUAGCUUUUUAGCAGACAAAGGCAAGAUGUUUUCCAUGUUGUAUACAGUGGUGAUUCCCAUGUUAAACCCACUGAUCUAUAGCAUAAGGAACAAGGAAGUACAAGAUGCUGUAGGCAGAGUGAUCAGGAGAAAGGGACUUUUAUGA